AUGGCACCAUCCGCUGCCACUGACGAGAUCGCUCCAAUGCAAUCUACUAUACUAGGGAAAGGAGCCCAGAUGAUAUAUGCGUCGGUACUACACGGACCGCGAGAUGUGCGCCUGGAGACGAGGACCGUCGAGCCACCCAGUGAAGGCGAGCUCCAGAUCGCCGUUCGGUCCACUGGAAUCUGCGGUUCGGAUGUUUCGUACUACAACAAGUUUGCGAAUGGAGACCUCUGCGCCUGUGAGCCCCUUUCUCUGGGUCAUGAGUCAUCCGGCACCGUUGUCGCCAUUGGCCCAAAUGUGAAGAGCAGUUUCAAAAUAGGAGACAGAGUAGCUCUAGAAGUUGGCGUCCCCUGUGGCCAUUGCAGCAUCUGCAGGGACGGCAAAUACAACCUGUGUAAGAAGAUGCGGUUCAGGAGUAGUGCUAAAAGCGUGCCUCACUUCCAAGGCACUUUACAGGAGAGGAUAAAUCAUCCUGCAAUUUGGUGCCACAGACUUCCUGAUCACAUUUCCUUCGAAGCUGCAGCUCUGUUGGAACCCCUUUCAGUAGCCAUCCGAGCCGUAAGCCGCGCCAAUCCGCCCCCCGGUUCCACCGCACUCGUUUGCGGUGCCGGGACGAUCGGUCUUCUAACGGCAGCUAUGGCCCGCCAGUCCGGUUGCAUUUCAGUUAUCAUUGCGGAUAUUGACGCCGGCCGCGUGGAUUACGCGGUAAAGCACGGCUUCGCAACGCAUGGCUUUGUCGUCCCCCGCCCCUUACAAUCCUCCGCAAGCAGCACUUCCAUCUCCAGCCACUCGACAACGUCUACCUUUCUAGAGUCCAGCCCCGGCAAUAUUACUUCAAACUCGUAUCAGGGACAGCUUGAGCACGCCAAGCGUCUCGCAGCAGAUAUGCUCUCCGUUUCCAGGGCCCCAACGGAACUCCAGAACGAAGACGAAGACGAAGGCGUCGACUUCAGCUUCGAAUGUACUGGCAAAGAACCCUGCAUGCAGACCUGUCUCUACGCUACCCGUCCCGGCGGCAAGGUUAUUAUGGUGGGCAUGGGAACGCCUAUUCAGAUCGUACAACUCUCGGUGGCACAUCUCAAAGAAAUAGAUAUCCUUGGUGUCUUUCGCUACGCAAACACUUAUCCGACGGGUAUCCGGCUGCUUUCCACCCAGGUUCAGAGUGAGAGAAACAAUGCCCCUGUACCUGUAUUGCCGAGCCUCGACGAGAUGGUGACACAUCGGUUUAAGGGUCUCGCAGCGGCGAGGGAGGCCUUCGAGCUGGCUGGCAGGACCUCGGACGACAAUGGGAAACUCGUGCUCAAGGUUAUUAUCGAGACCUAGAUCGACCUCGAGGGGACCCUAUAUUAUCUCGACUUCAUCACUUUCCUUUGCCAUCGUCUUUUACUAGCUUGGUAUAGGGGAUGCUGGGGCAAGCGCGCUUGAAUGUAUGCAAUUUCUUUAUCCCCAAAUGUUGGGGGCUCCAUAUCAUUCCAUAAAACAUCUAAAACAUCAACUUCCUCCACAUUAGAAUCGAAUCGGCACCAAUGAGUUAGAAUGGA